UUGCUUACACGUCAAAAGGUAAAGUUGAAAUUGAAGACAUUUUUCGAUUCUCGAUUAACAACAUUUACGGUUUUAGUUAGUAAGAAACAACAAGAAUUGUGUCGAAAAAUAAUUAAGUAGCUAAGGUUGAAUGUGUGGGUGAAAAUUCGAAAUCAUUCCGUGUAUAAUAACUCAUGAUUUGCUAGGCUAAGCUUUAUCAUAUAAAAUGGGUGGUCUGUUUAGUUACUUUCGGGGUCUGUUAGGGGCGCGUGAAAUGAGAAUUUUGAUCCUCGGAUUGGACGGCGCCGGAAAAACCACAAUACUAUACAAAUUACAAGUAGGAGAGGUGGUGACCACUAUACCGACCAUCGGAUUCAAUGUAGAACAAGUAACUUACAAAAACCUCAAGUUCCAGGUUUGGGAUCUUGGUGGACAAACAAGUAUUAGGCCAUACUGGCGAUGUUACUAUGGCAACACAGAUGCAAUUAUUUAUGUAGUUGACUCUGCAGACAGAGAUCGAAUAGGAAUAUCCAAAGAUGAAUUGGUGCAUAUGUUAAGAGAAGAAGAGUUAGCAAAUGCUAUACUAGUAGUGUUAGCCAACAAACAGGACAUGGCGGGCUGCCUGACAGUAGCGGAGGUGCACCAGGCGCUGGGGCUGGACGCCCUGCGCGAUAGAACCUUCCAGAUCUUCAAGACUUCAGCAGUACGCGGCGAGGGUCUGGACCAAGCGAUGGACUGGCUAUCUGAUGCGUUACAAGCUAGGAAAUAACCUCGCAGGGCUACUAAGCUUGAAGUCAAGAUAUGAUGGACGGACACAAGAGAGAGAGGAGAGAAAUAAAUUAUCGAUUAGUCAUAUGUUUAACGCCAUUAAGUUAGUACUUAGCGUCGUCGCCGCCUGCCCAAUGUUACUUAUUACUUUCAAGUUAAAUAACUAUCCUAUUAUAGAACUUUAUUUCUCAUAACCAAUAGUUGAAAAGUAACUUUGUUUUAUAUCAAUGCGUCUAAGCUCUUUUAAAUGAAAAA